AUGUCGGAGGAGAGCAAUGAUGGCCUUCUUGCAUCUCUCAUGGAUAUGGGCUUUGACUAUUUUAUCAGCAGAAAAGCUUUGGCAGACGGCGACGUGCGCACUGUCGAGGAUGCCGUAAGUUGGAUCAUCGCUAAGACGCAAGAUAGCUCUGCGACAUCUGAUAUUGGGCUAGUCACUUUACCACCGCUGCAACCCUCAAGGCCGGAGCCACUAGCAAUCACCAAUCCCUUCCGGUCAGCUGAGCCAUCGACAUCUUCAAUCAACUCGGUGGAAACGCAAUGCACAAGCACGAAUGUGCAGGAGCCUGACAAUCCCACUCCGAUUUCAUUGGUAUCAGCGGCGCAUUUAGAGGAGCGUCCCUCUAUCACCAGUCGGCAUAAAACAACCCGCAAAACAUGUGCUGAUAUAGCGACGGCUCGGGCGUUGAAUGAAGCGAAGCGGUUCAAAAAGAGUCAACAGGAGUCAAAGAUUCAAAUCCUUCGGCAAAUUAAAGAAGACCGUGAAACACAGAAAGAUCGGAAACGCCAUGUAGAACCUUGUAAUAGUAUUGGACAGAGUCCUGGGACACCAAAGCCGUUAGUGAAUAGUGAUGCGGCCAUUCAGAUUCGUCUCCCAUCGGGCGCGGUCCUGAGGCGGGCCUUCUCACCCUCAACGUACGUUGUGACCCUGUUUGCAUCCGUUCGCGAUUCAGCACAGGGUAAAGACCGAGUUGACUGUGGAGAUCAUUUCACUCUUCUGCAGCCAUUUCCAAGACGACUAUUUGUCGAGGACGAGUGUAAGACAUUGUCCCUUCAAGAUGCUGGCUUGGUACCAAACGCUUCGCUCAAUGUGAUGAGGUGCAAUUCCCAACCAUCUUCUCCGUCGGGACCAGCGCAACUUGCUGGUGCUCAACCCAUGAACAUGACCUUGGAGGAAAUCCGCGUGCAUGAGGAGGUGACUGACGGAGGGGAGCGGGAUGAAAACACUUUGGAUGACAACGACAAUGAGAAUGAAGAAGACAUCAACGUGAUUGACGAAGUACAUCAUGAUUGGGGAGGGGAGGGUCAUCUCUUGACAACGGAUCCCGUCCCUUUAGAUACUGCUCAACCUCAUCGUCCCACACGCAACCCCCUUUCGUGGCCGGUUGCAGGUUUAAAAAGACGAGCUGGGUUCCACACUCCAGUCUCCCUCAAAGAAAUCUGCAUGCGUCGCAUCGAAAGUCUGCUGGCAACUCCUGCCACUCCAACAGCUUAUCUUCGUUCCUUGCGCUUUCUCCCCGGAACCAUCGGGUCAACUCUCUGCACGCGUCUUCUGCACCAAAAUGAACUGAACGCUUCCAUGCUGACCAAAUUGAGCGUAUGCCCUAUCAACACCUUAGAUCUGUCGCAUUAUACGCUUGCGACGGAUUCUCUGCUUCGUGUCAUUGGCGAGCGUCUCUGGCCUAUGCUGACCAACUUAAACCUGAGUGGAUGCGAGGUUGUGACUGAUGCUGGAAUUUGGGCUCUAAAGCCACUCAAGAGCCUUGAAGAGUUGGAUUUAAGCGAGUGCAGGAUAUCUGACCGGGUUGCCCACGCACUACCUGCCUUAACAUCUCUGACGAGUCUGUCUGUUGCCAAGACGAAGAUUACCAGCUGCUUUUUAAGCACGCUUCUCGGUACAGACUUGGCUAACAGUCUUCGUAGUCUGAACCUAUCCUACUGCACCAAAUUAGCUACUGCGGACAUUUUCAGGACGCUUUCCUCCUUUUCCCAACUAUGCACUUUACAUCUUACAAACAUGCCUUUCAAAAGCCCAGUAGCGUCACCCCCAACUGGUACAUUCAAGGAGUUGAGAUACUUGGAUGUUCGCCUGUCUGGUAUCACGGAUCUGGAAGUAAUGAACAUCAUCUGUGCAUUCGAGUCUCUGGAAGAACUGGACACGGCAGGAUGCGAGGGAAUCUCAGUUGUGGGUCUGAGCGGUAUUGCACGGGCACUCCAGAAUCUGCGCGCCAUUACCUUCCCAUCUCAUCAGCUUACAGAUGACGUCCUAGCGCUGUUCUGCGAAUUCCCACUCCACAGCUUGAAUCUCUCCAACUUUGUGAAUCUGACGGAUGCAGCUGCAGAGCACAUAUCCCGUCUGGCUACUACAUUAGUUAGUCUUUCUCUGGAGGGGACCGGGAUAACUGAUGCAUCCCUCUGCCAGUUCGAACAGCUCAGAAGUCUCACUACACUCCAUCUAGACCGCACACACGUCGGAGAUGCCGGGAUUUGCCAUCUGAAACCGCUCAGAUAUAUCCACCACCUCUCUUUGAUGCAAACGGAGAUCACAUCUGAAGCUUUAAGGAUAUUGUCAGAGUGUGAGUUUAACAGAACAAUAAGGGUCCUGAACGUGGCGAGGACAGCUGUGGACGAUGAUGGCAUUUAUUCGUUGAAAGGAAUGGUUCAGCUGUCGGCGCUGAAUCUGGAUUUCACGAGAGUGACCUUCGCGUGCUUGGAAACGCUGGCCGAACUACCUCAUCUCCAGCCAGUUCGGUUAGCAGGAAUACAUGAAUAA